AUGACAGAUCAGGAUAAUUCCUACAGACCCCGGUCCCCUGAUUUUUCCAGUUUUGCUGGAAACCUACCGCAACAGCCUAUCCCCGACCCCUACAACCAAUCUCCUUAUGCAUUUCCGCCGCAGUUGACACCCCAAGCUUCCUACGACGCGUCUCCCUUCUUCAACCCUCACGUUCCUCGUCCUUCCGUCUCCUACCAUCCACAGCCGCCCUUUGCCUCUGAUUUUGCCGGGAUGCCUCCCCAGACGCGGUCAAGGACCUUGCUUCAGCAACAGCAGCAGCCACUGCAGCAACAACCGCUCCCACAGCAGCCGCUACAGCCUCCGCCACAGCAAUAUCAACACCAACCCCAGGCACAACAGCAUCGCCAACCCCAAUUGGAGCAUAAACAACCGGACCCGCCUCCGGAAAUCAAGCCGUCCAGCGUCGCAAAAACAGGCACCGGACCUUCCCCAGGACCCUCGAUGGGCAUUGAUAUCAAAACAAAAUUUCCUGUUGCAAGAAUCAAGCGGAUCAUGCAGGCCGACGAAGACGUUGGCAAGGUAGCCCAGGUAGCGCCGAUCGCUGUCGCCAAAGCCCUAGAGCUGUUCAUGAUCUCCCUAGUUACCAAAGCUGCGAAUCAGGCAAAAGAACGCUCCUCCAAACGUGUCACCGCCACACACUUGAAAGAGGCGAUUGCGAAAGAUGAAGUUCUCGAUUUCCUGGCUGACAUCAUUUCUAAAGUCCCCGAUCUCCCUGCGAGCAAAAAGGACGAGGAUGGCAGUGAUCACGACGAACACCGGAAACGCAAGGGAGGGGGCCGACGCAAGAAAGAAGAGCCCGAUGAUUGA